CCUUUGGCUGGUCGUCAUCGUGUGACAACAACUCUAUGGGAAGAUGAAGGUACUUUGUGCUUCCAAGUUGAUGCUCGUGGUGUUUGCGUUGCCCGUCGUCAUGACAACAAUAUGAUCAAUGGUACAAAACUCCUCAACGUUUGUGGAAUGUCUCGUGGAAAACGUGAUGGAAUCUUGAAGAACGAGAAAGAGCGUAUCGUUGUCAAAGUUGGAGCAAUGCAUUUGAAGGGUGUUUGGAUCACAUUCCAACGUGGAAAACAAUUGGCCGAACAGAACAAUAUCCUUGAUGUUUUGUACCCAUUGUUUGAGCAAAACAUUCAAUCGUUCUUG